UUUCGCUAUACUAGAUACACUUGCCACUCGUUUGGGCGCUCGAGCGCGACCACCAACAUACCAGCGACUCAUCCCAUACCACCGAGCGCGAUCGCAAGGAACCUGUGAAAUACACAUUGGCCCAACAUGGCCGCGGUUACCCCCGACCUGCAGGCGAAGCUGGACGAGCUACAGAGGGAGCUGGAGGAGGGUGAUAUCACAGAAAAAGGGUACCACAAGCGACGGACACAACUGCUUUCUCAGUAUGGCCCUGCUGCUCCCGCAGACUCCCAGCCAGCAGGAGCCCCAACCGGAGGCCUUCGGCUCCAUUCCCCCGACAACACGUCUCAUGCGUCCAACGACCGCCAGCGCGUCAUCUCGGGUGCCGCCCUGAGCAGCGCCUCGCUCAACUUCCAGCCCUCCCGAGACUCGGUCGCCUUUUCCGAACAUCGAGACUCCAUGGCCUUUCCUGACCACCGGGAAUCCAUGGCCUUCUCUGACCACCGGGAAUCUAUGGCCUUCUCCGACUACCGCCCUCAGUCCACCUACUCCUUCCAAGAGACUCAUCCGGCCGCUUUGCUCGCGCCCGGUGGCCCUAUGGCUGAGCACCGCCCGGCUGUACGACAACACGACUCCCUCUUCCUCUUCCCUGCCCCCAACGAUGCCUCUACAAGGUCGGGAACCAUGGUGACAGGAGACUAUGCCUUCAACCCCGAACAACACAGCGACUACGCCGAGCCACCACCACCGCAGCAGAACCCCUAUGACGGCAGGACCAACACUUUGUUGAAUUCACAGGCAUACUUUUCCGACUUUGCCGGCCAGCAAGCCCAGGAGCAGCAAUUCCAGGGUGAUUAUGGUGGCCCUCACAGAUACUCCUCCAGUGAUGCCUUUUCGCCCACCGCUGCUGUUGCGCCCCCUAUGCUCGCCACAAACGAUUUCCUGCCCCCCGGCGCGCUCCAAUUCCAGAAAGCCCUCGAGCCGCGUGAAGUCCCGUUUGCGAUAUACGACCCGCACGACUCCCGCAAGGAAAUGUCUACCUUUGACAAUAUUGCUGUCGUCCUCCGCCACCGAGGUCGUAACCUUCCCAAUCGCCGAGCGUAUUGGGUCUUGGACGCCAAGGGCAAGGAGAUCGCAUCCAUCACUUGGGAUAAGCUUGCCUCGAGGGCCGAGAAGGUCGCUCAAGUGAUUCGUGACAAGAGCUCCCUUUACCGCGGCGACCGCGUUGCUCUUAUCUACCGUGAUGCGGAAAUCAUUGACUUUGCCAUUGCCCUCUUGGGCUGCUUUAUUGCCGGCGUUGUCGCCGUACCCAUCAACGAGCUCCAGGACUAUCAAAAGUUGAACGUCAUACUGACUUCCACACAGGCGCAUUUGGCCUUGACUACUGAUAAUAACCUCAAAGCGUUCCAGCGUGACAUUACAACCCAAAAGCUAACUUGGCCAAAGGGCGUUGAGUGGUGGAAGACAAACGAGUUUGGCAGUUAUAGCCAGAAGAAAAAGGACGAAUUGCCCCCUUUAUCGGUUCCAGAUUUGGCCUACAUCGAAUUCUCCCGCGCCCCAACGGGUGAUCUUAGGGGUGUUGUGCUCAGCCACCGUACCAUCAUGCACCAGAUGGCCUGCCUGAGCGCCAUAGUUACCACCGCGCCCGGCUCCAAGCCUGGCGACACGUUUAAUACGACUUUGCGCGAUACAAAUGGCCAUCUAGUGAGUCGUGCUGCUACCAAAAGCGAAACCUUACUUUCAUAUCUGGAUCCCCGUCAAGGCGUCGGCAUGAUCUGGGGAGUCUUGUUUGCCGUGUACGGAGGGCACACCACCAUUUGGCUCGAAAACAAGGCGGUCGAGGUACCCGGUCUUUACGCCUACCUCAUUACCAAAUACAGUCCAACGUUAAUGAUUGCCGAUUAUCCUGGACUCAAACGAGCGGCAUAUGACUAUCAGGUCGACCCUAUGGCAACACGAAACUAUAAAAAGGGCAUGGAGCCCAACUUUUCGUCUGUCAAGUUGUGCCUGAUCGACACUUUGAUCGUCGACGGCGAGUUCAAUGAGCUUCUUGCCGACCGUUGGUUCAAACCAUUGCGGAACCCUCGAGCACGAGAGGUUGUUGCGCCAAUGCUGUGCCUCCCGGAGCACGGAGGCAUGAUCAUCAGCGUCCGGGACUGGGUGGGCGGCGAGGAGAAUAUGAAAUGUCCGCUUAAACUGGAAAUUGGGUCGGAUACGGAGUCAGAGGGCGAAAAACUAAAGGAUCCCGAAGAGGACAAGCCUACUACAUCUAACGGUUACGGAAGUCUACUGGGUGGGACGACGGUAAACGCAGCAGAAGAACAACGCGCAAAGAACGAACUGAGUGAAGUCCUGCUCGACAGAGAAGCAUUAAAAACCAAUGACGUGGUGGUUGUGGCCAUGGGCGCAGAUGUUAGCAAGAAGGCUAGCAGCGAACCAGGGACGGUUCGCGUUGGCGCAUUUGGCUACCCUAUUCCCGACGCCUCCCUUGCCAUCGUCGACCCGGAGACCGGCCUCCUCGCUUCGCCGCAUACCGUGGGAGAGAUCUGGGUUGAUUCUCCCUCGCUGUCGGGUGGGUUCUGGGCGCUGCCAAAGCACACCGAACAGAUCUUCCAUGCUCGGCCUUUCACAUUCGAACCUGGUUCGACCCUUCCAACCCCGACUGAGCUGGAGUACCUCCGAACUGGUCUGUUAGGUACCGUUAUAGAAGGCAAAGUUUUCGUCCUGGGCCUCUACGAGGAUCGUAUCCGGCAAAAGGUCGAAUGGGUUGAGCACGGCACCGAGGUGGCCGAGUAUCGGUAUUUCUUUGUGCAGCACAUUGUUGUUAGCAUCAUGAAGAACGUACCCAAGAUCUUUGAUUGCUCUGCCUUUGACGUGUUUGUCAACGAGGAACAUCUACCUGCUGUGGUACUGGAAUCUCAAGCUGCCUCUACAGCUCCGGCUACCAGUGGAGGGCCGCCUCAGCAGUUGGACACGGCUCUCCUGGACUUUCUGGCUGAAAGGUGCAUGGAUGUGCUGAUGCAAGAACAUCACCUUCGUGUGUACUGUGUCAUGAUCACUGCACCGAAUGCUCUGCCACGAGUGAUGAAAAAUGGCCGCAAGGAGAUUGGCAACAUGCUUUGCAGAAGGGAGUUUGACCAGGGCAACCUUCCCUGUGUCCAUGUCAAGUUUGCCGUUGAGCAUGCUGUGCUGAACUUGCCCAUCGGCGUCGACCCAAUCGGCGGCAUCUGGUCUCCUGUGGCUUCCGAGUCCCGAGCCCAGAUUCUUGCCCCUGCCGAUAAACAGUACUCGGGCAUCGACCGGAGAGAGGUGGUUAUUGACGAUAGAACGUCGACCCCCCUUAACAACUUCUCCAGCAUCACGGACCUGAUUCAAUGGCGAGUGGCGAGGCAGCCUGAAGAAUUGGCUUACUGCACCAUUGAUGGUCGUGGCAAGGAAGGCAAGGGGAUCACCUGGAAGAAGUUCGACACAAAGGUAGCAGCAGUUGCUGUGUACCUGAGGAACAAGGUCAAGAUCAAGGCAGGUGACCAUGUCGUUCUUAUGUAUACCCAUUCCGAGGAGUUCGUCUUUGCCGUCCACGCCUGCAUCAACCUUGGUGCCAUUAUCAUUCCCGUUGCGCCGAUGGAUCAGAAUCGCCUGUCCGAGGAUGUUCCUGCCUUCCUCCACCUCGUCGCGGACUACAGCGUCAAGGCUGUCUUGGUUAAUCAGGAGGUGGACCACUUGCUCAAGACGAAGCCUGUUGCACAGCACAUCAAGCAGUCGGCUCAGUUCUUGAAGGUCCUGGUUCCGAACGUCUACAACACCAGCAAACCGUCGAAGCAGAACAAUGGUCUACGCGAUCUAGGCAUUACAGUUGACCCCGCAUGGGUCCAGUCCGGCUAUCCCGUAGUGAUUUGGACAUACUGGACACCCGAUCAGCGACGCCUGGCGGUCCAGCUCAGCCAUGACACCAUCCUGGGUAUGUGCAAGGUACAGAAGGAGACAUGCCAGAUGUCCAGCUCGCGACCUGUCCUGGGCUGCGUGCGUAGUACCACGGGCUUAGGCUUCAUCCACACCUGUCUCAUGGGCAUUUACAUCGGCACGCCUACCUACCUGCUCUCCCCCGUCGACUUUGCCCAGAACCCGCUCUCGCUCUUCCUCAUCCUCUCGCGGUACAAGAUCAAAGACACCUACGCCACCCCGCAGAUGCUUGACCACGCCAUGAGCAUGAUUCCCGGCAAGGGCUUUACCCUGCACGAGCUCAAAAACAUGAUGAUCUCGUGUGAAGCCCGCCCUCGCGUUGACCUCUUUACCAGGGUUCGUCUUCACUUCGACGCUACCGGCCUAGAUCGCACUGCCAUCAACACCGUCUACUCGCACGUUCUGAACCCCAUGAUUGCUUCUCGGUCGUACAUGUGCGUCGAGCCGAUCGAACUUCACCUGGAUCCCAAGGCCCUGCGGCAAGGUCUCAUUUACCCGACGGACCCGCUACGGGAUCCCAAGGCUCUGGUUAUCCAGGACAGCGGCAUGGUGCCGGUUUCGACACAGAUUGCUAUUGUCAACCCGGAGAGCAGGAUGCUGUGCAGUGAUGGCGAGUAUGGUGAGAUUUGGGUGGACUCGGAGGGUUGCGUCAAGUCGUUUUAUGGCUCCAAGGACCAGUUUGACGUGGAAAGGUUCAACGGACGCACAGUCGAGGAUCCCAGCAUUCGCUAUGUGAGGACGGGCGAUCUUGGGUUCUUGCAUAAUGUUAGCAAGCCCAUUGGACCUGGCGGUGCGUUGGUGGACAUGCAAGUUUUGUUCGUGCUGGGAAGCAUUGGUGAGACAUUUGAGAUCAAUGGGUUGAGUCACUUCCCGAUGGACAUUGAGGCUUCUGUUGAGAGGUGUCAUAGGGUUAUCGUGCCGGGUGGUUGCGCGGUCUUCCAGGCAGGCGGACUUGUGGUGGUCCUAGUUGAAGUAGCCCGCAAAGCCUACCUUGCCUCCAUCGUCCCAGUCAUCGUCAACGCCAUCCUCAAUGAGCACCAAAUCAUUGCCGACAUUGUCGCAUUUGUUAACAAGGGUGACUUCCCGCGCUCACGUCUGGGUGAAAAGCAACGCGGUAAGAUCCUUGCGGGCUGGGUGAGUCGCAAGAUGCGCACCAUUGCCCAGUUCGCCAUCAAGGACAUGGAUAGCGCCACCGCUGCCGGCCUUCCAGGCACGUCUGCCGGCGAGCAAUCAAGCGGCGGUCACCACGCCGGCAGUAUGUCAAAUAUACCAGAGAGUGCCCACCGCGCCAGUAUGGCACUCAGCCACCGCAGCUCGGGCGGGCAACAGCAAUCUCAGGGUGCCGGAUCCAGUAGCUUGCGGAACGUCGAGCCCGCGCCUCAGAUCCUUGAGCAGAGGGAGGCCGAGCAACAAGCCCAAGUGUUGGAAGACAUGGCGAGCCUCAGCAUCCAAAGCCAACAGCAAUUCCACAACCAACAACAGCAGCAAAUGCCAGUGCAGGAUGGCAGGCGAGGAUCUAUUGCCUACUCCAACCGCAGCGGCCAGUACGGCGGCUACCAAGGCUACGGCGACGCAGACCAGACGCCCACGCGACAACGCGUCAGCUCCAUGUACUACCAGCAACAACAACAACCCCCGCCGUCGUCGCACGGGUACGAGUUGCCUGAUUUCGAUCGCUUCGGCGACAGCGAACACAGUGAACUCCCGACUCCAGUUUAUGAUCAGGGGUAUAAUCAACGGGGUUACGGUAACCAGUGUGGCUAUAACAUUUACCAAGGGCACCAAGGAUACCCGCCCCAGGUUCAACAACAACAACAAUAUUUACAACAACCCCAACAACAGCAGUAUCAACAACAAGAACAACCAACCACAAGCGGCGCCCCGCAAAUCCACCUUCCCGCAGUCGACGGCCGUGAACAACUAACCGAUUGGGGCGCUGAUUUCUCCUCUGGACACGACAUCAACGACGGAGGAGUAGAAGGCAGACAAGGACAGAGGGGAGGGUUUAGGGUUGUCAAUGCUGAUCCCAUCACUAGCGAUGAUGAUGAUGAUGGACCUGGGAGUGGGGAUGAGAGUUGGAAGAGGGAUGCGUAUGCUUCGAUGAAUUUGGCGGGGACUUUGGAUGGGGGGAGUGGGAAGUGAGAGAGGUCUGAUGUGGUGUUGUGUGACGUUGGAAAGAUGAAGAAGGUUAUAUAAAGAAGAAGAUUUUUGUUGGGCGUUCGGUCUGGAUUUUGAGCCUGUUUGUUUGGUCUAUGUACAAGAUUCCCAUUGUUUGGAUAUUGUGUGUUUGGAUGUCUGUUCUUAGGAAGAAGAUAAACAGAAGGAGGUUAUUGCUGUCGGUCGUUCGUGAUUCCUUUCUUGCUGUUACCGACCGGCCUGCCGAGUCGGGACCGACUGAUAGUCUCUCGCCCCACUGCUACUUACUCGCAGCCCGGCCAGGCACGUACGAGGGGGGGG